UUCAGAGAGGUUGCAUAGUCUUAUUCGUCUGGCCCGCUGACUUCCCCUCCCCAGGAAUACUCUCUCCAUCUAUCUCUAUACUUAUUUUUCUUUAGAAUUUUAGAGAGAGUGAGACGACUUUGCCGUCUUCCUUGCUCAUAUUCAACUCCAAACACGGACCAUCUUCAAUCGCCCGAGCCGGCACUGAGCAAAUGGCGCAGCCCCCGUUCGCCACCGCCAUCACCACCACUUCCACCGUCCUAAUUUUAUUAUUCUUAGUACUCGGUCCAUCCGGCGUCGGUUCCUACUCUGCCGUGCCCGAUCUCUUAGGCGAUCCAGAUACCAUCCUCCUCCGACCACCUCACGGCGGCAGCAAUCACCACGCCAUGUUUCUGCCUCUUUUUCUUUCUCCUCCCAACUCUUCCCGGAGUGCGGUCGCUGCCGGCCGCGGAAGUCCCCGUCGCCACCUCCAAAGAUCCGACGCUCACCACCCCAACGCUCGGAUGCGCCUCUACGACGAUCUUCUUCUAAACGGUUACUAUACCACCAGACUUUGGAUUGGAACUCCUCCACAGGAAUUCGCUCUUAUAGUUGAUACAGGGAGUACUGUCACAUACGUCCCCUGCUCUACGUGCAAACAGUGUGGCACCCACCAGGAUCCUAAGUUCCAGCCCGAAAUGUCUAGCACCUAUCAACCUGUAAAGUGCAAUGUCGAUUGCACCUGUGACAAUGACAUGGUGCAAUGUGUUUAUGAGAGACAGUAUGCUGAAAUGAGUUCUAGCAGUGGUGUCCUUGGUGAUGAUAUUAUAUCCUUUGGUAAUCAAAGUGAACUUUUGCCCCAGCGUGCUGUUUUUGGUUGUGAAAAUGUGGAAACUGGCGACCUUUAUAGUCAACAUGCUGAUGGCAUAAUGGGUUUGGGCAGUGGAGAGCUCAGUGUUGUGGAUCAACUUGUUGACAGAGGUGUAAUUAGUGAUUCUUUUUCUUUGUGUUACGGUGGGAUGGAUGUUGGUGGUGGCGCUAUGGUUCUUGGUGAAAUCUCUACCCCUGUAGACAUGGUCUUUACCCAUUCAGACCCUGCACGAAGUCCAUAUUACAAUAUUGAUCUGAAGGAGAUACUUGUUGCUGGGAAGCCAUUGCCCUUAAAUCCAAAGGUUUUUGAUGGAAAACAUGGAUCCGUCCUUGAUAGUGGUACUACAUAUGCUUACCUACCAGAAGCAGCAUUUGUAGCAUUUAAGAAUGCUAUCAUAAAAGAACUCCACUCGCUCAAACGGAUUCGUGGUCCUGACCCAAAUUAUAAUGAUAUUUGCUUCUCUGGUGCUGGAGGUGAUGUUUCACAACUCUCGAAAUCCUUUCCAACAGUUGACAUGGUAUUUGGCAAUGGACAGAAGCUGUCAUUAUCUCCUGAAAACUACUUGUUCCAGCAUUCAAAGGUGCAUGGUGCAUAUUGCCUGGGGAUUUUUCAGAAUGGACAUGAUCCAACCACUCUGUUAGGAGGAAUCAUUGUCCGCAAUACUUUUGUUGUGUAUGAUCGUGAGCAUGAAAAGAUUGGUUUCUGGAAAACUAAUUGUUCUGAGUUAUGGGAAAGACUUCACAUCCUUGAUGCUCCUCCGCCGUCGCCUUCAACCUUAAAUGGAACAAACUCAACCGCAGAUAUGGCACCUGCAUUUGCCCCUAUUGGACCUCCACCGCUUGUUAUUCCAGGGGAACUUCAAGUUGGAUUCAUAACGUUUAAUAUGCUGUUGAAUGUCAAGUACUUGGACCUAAAACCUCAUGUCACAGAGCUUGCUCAGUUCAUUGCACAGGAGUUAGAUGUUAAUGCUUCACAGGUCCACCUACUUAAUUUUACGUCUGAAGGAAAUGAUUCUCUCGUAAGAUGGGCUGUUCUGCCAGCAGGCUCUGCUGACUACUUUUCUAAUUCCAAUGCAAAGAGUAUAAUUUCCCGCUUAGCUGAACAUCGCAUGCAGCUUCCUGAUGCGUUUGGAAGAUAUCAAUUGGUUGGAUGGAAAAUUGAGCCCCCACCAAAAAGCAGGACCUGGUGGCAGCAACAUUACUUGUUUGUGGUUGUAGCAAUUAUUGUAACCUUAAUUCUGGGAUUAUCGGCUUCUGGGGCAUGGCUUAUUUGGAGACGGAGACAGCAAUCACUUGUUUCAUACAAGCCUGUUGAUGCAACUGUUCCGGAUCAAGAAUUACACGUGGUUUCUCGUGAGCAGGAACUACAGCCGCUUUCAAACUCAUAAAAGUUGUCUUUGCCUGGUGAUUUAUGUGAAACAGUAUAGCACAGCAUUCUUCAAUCUAGAGUAAGAUGACCGAUUUCUGCAUCCAUAGCUUCUAAAACGAUGAGCAUGAUGUGGACACAAGUUUAAGUCAGCGAGCAGCUACUUUGUGCAAAUAUAAUGCCAAGGGUUUCCGACAUUUCUCUAGAUCUUCCCAAUACAUCCCGUUCCAACACCUUGCAUAGAUAGAACCAGCGCUGGUAAUGACUUCUGACAUGGGAACCAACCUUUGAGGGCUUUAUUUGAUGUUUCAUAAACUGGGAUAAAAUUGUUGUGGAAGAGAACUCCUCAUUUUCGGUAUUUCAUAUACGUAAAUUAGUUCGUGAUGUUGUAAGAUAUUAUUGAAUUAAAGGUCAAGUCAAUGAGAUGAAUUACAAAUCUACAGUAAUAGAAAUAAGGAUUCUGUGAUGAACAAGGACAAGAUGUAUUCUUUAUAGAAAUAUAUUUUGCUGGUUCUAAUUUGUA